UUUAUUUUGAAGUCCUCACACCGGACGUCGUCGCCCCUGUCAGCCGCAGUUGGCUCAGAUUGUCUCCGCCGCUUCACUUCACUCCCCGCCGUUCACAGGAGACUGUCCCAGCCUUCCAGCGGUAUAACGCACACCAUGGCAGAGCAGGAGCCCACACCAGAGCAGCUGGCAGCCAUUGCAGCAGCCAACGAAGAGAGCGAAAGCUCCAUCAACUACAAACCCCCUGCCCAGAAGAGCUUACAGGAGAUCCAGGAGCUGGACAAAGACGACGAAAGCCUGCGCAAGUACAAGGAGGCACUGCUGGGCAACGCUGCAGCCAUCGCAGAUCCCAACACCCCCAACGUCCAGGUGACGCGAAUGACUCUGGUAUGUGAGACGGCGCCACAGCCUCUGGUCCUCGACCUGCUGGGAGACCUGGAGAACUUCAGGAAGAACCCGUUUGUGCUGAAGGAGGGAGUGGAAUACAGAAUGAAAAUCAACUUUAAGGUCAACCGGGACAUUGUGUCAGGCCUGAAGUACACUCAGCAGUCAUUCAGGAAAGGAGUAAAGGUUGACAAGUCGGACUACAUGGUCGGCAGCUACGGGCCCAGACCAAACGAAGAAUACGAGUUCCUCACCACUAUGGAGGAGGCACCCAAAGGGAUGCUGGCCCGCGGCACCUACAACAUCAAGUCCAAGUUCACUGAUGACGACAAACACGAUCAUCUUUCCUGGGAGUGGAGCAUCACUAUCAAGAAAGACUGGAAAGACUGACUCCUCCUCGCCAUCCUCCCAUCAACGUCUUCCUCCGCUUCGCCCCUCUUUCUUUUCCUCGCUGUCAUUCCAUUAUCUCCGCCUGGGUCCAUCUCUGGAUUCUGUGGGGGUUUUAUUUUUUUCUUUUUUACAUUUUUGCUCUCUCCGUCCAUUGUGACCCGUUUCAAUCAGUUCAUCAUUCCUCACAUUAUAAUGCUUCAUUUGUAUGAUAUAUAAGUAUUAAAUCUUUAAAAUGGAGAAAGCAAAAAAUGUGCACAAUCCAGAUUUUGCAGUUAUGGUUUGUUUAUAAAAGUAAAAUAAGUUUAAAAAAAAAUAUAGUCUAUAUACCUCUUUUGGAAAAAUGAAACUCUGCUUCUUGCCACUUUCUUUCCUUCCCCCUUUUCACUCUUCUCUACUUUUCGUAAGAUUACCGUGAUCUGCCUUUGAAAGCAUUGUACAGGAAGCAGUAGUGCUGUAUGUGCAUGGCAACUGUACGGUCAUUGAGCAAUCAUUGCUGGAGACAACUCUUGGAUGCAGCCCUCCUAAAGCCUGAGCAGAUUAUUUGUACCAGGGUCUUGGUAAAAUAUUUGGAAUUCAGGCCACCUCUUUUUCAAAAGGAUUUAGCACCCUACAAAGUCUGCUGAGAGAACGUGCGGGGAAACAAAUGACCUCUAACCCCACGUGACCCCUCGCUUUAGGUGUGGCUGUUCAUCUCCUGAUCAGGGUAUUUUGGCAGGUCUUUUUUUAGUAGCCAUGUGGCCUUAACAAUAACCCUUAGGAAGAAAGACAACCUAGUUGAGCCAUUUGCCUUCAGAUUAUAUUUGUUAGACCAUCAUGUGAGCCUGUUUUUAACUUGCAAUACAUGGACAGGGAAACAGGGCUAAGGACUUUUAACCUAUAACCUUUAUUUCAGGUUUGGAGAUUUAUAAAAACCAUUACAUAUUUGGUUUCAAUCAUAUUUACAUAUUACAAACACUUUUCAUUGCAGUACUUCUGGUUUUCUAAAUAUCAGUUUUGUUUUUUUUUUAGUUCACCUGUAAAUAUAAGUCCAGGUUGUUCUAAUGGCCUUUUGUCAGCCAGUGUACUCUUUGUCCCUGAGCCCAUAUUUCAGCGUGUCCGAGGUGUUAACCUUAGUUCCUUCCUCAAUCAAACGCAAGGACUUUUAAUCCGCUCACCUCGUAUUACUGAAGUUUAAAAUUACAAAUGCUGACUGUGCCUCCGGUCUCUUUCAACCACACGCUGCUCCUGCUGACUCGACUUGCACUCAGGUGCUCAACAUCAGUGAGGUGAAACCUUUUCUGUAAUUGACUUCUGAACCAGUACAGAGACAUCAGUCCCCAACCAGACAUUGAUGGGUUACACAUCCUGCCAUAUAAAGUGUUUUUGUUUUUUUUACACACUCCAAAUAUGUGAAGUCUGUCUGCAGCUUCAGUCAGCUGUCAUGUGUCAUGGACUGAUGUUUCUCUGUGGGUUUGACUCAAACGUGUGCUACUUGUUACCUACAGUUUACUGAUCUCCUGUGUUCACAUUAAAGUGUUCAGACUGGG